AUGCCGAGACCGGACCUGCCCUUGUGGGCGUCCGUGGACUGGAGGUCGCUGCCCGACGUGCAGGUCUUCCAUCAGGUCUUUGCAGAAGACAGUGGUAACACGCUGUACGACUACAUGACCGUAUAUAAAAAAAGCUGUCCUCAGAGUCGAAGAAGUGUGAAAUCAAGCCGUCCCCGGUAUGGGGCUGUGACAUCCUUUUUGCAAUCACUGGUCACUCAGGCAGAACCUCGUUUUGCUAUGUUUGGGCCGGGGUUGGAAGAGCUGGAUGACUCUUUAGUGCAAAGGAUGAUGACUUGUCCAGAAAUUCUACUAGUGGCUGGCCUACCCCAAAGACGAAUUCAUGGGAUUGGAUCAGGAGUCAGUUUUCAGUUUAAUAACAAUCAAAAAUUCAAUAUUCUGACAUUAUAUUCAACUACCAGUGUGGAAAGGAGGAGAGCAAGGGCAGAGCAAGCUGUUGUUGUGAAUAAGAUGUUCUACCAAGACAGCAGCACAGUGGGGAAUCAGCAAGCUGUGCACUACAAUGUAAUAGCUCAAGUUAAAAAGGUGUGCGAAGUAGUUGAUGGAUUCAUCUACGUUGCUAAUGCAGAAGCUCAUAAAAAGCAUGAUCGUGAAGAGGAGCUGGCCCAUAUUUUGGCAAUGAUUGAUCCAGCUCUUGGGCCUCGAAACAGACCUCUGCUGGUGUUGUCUUGUAUCUCUCAUGUUGGUGUGAAAAGAAUUCCUUGUGUUUACAUGGCACAUCAGUUGCAACUGAAUCUACUUCGUCAGCCCUGGAUGGUGCAGGACACUGUAGCUGCUACUUUAGAUGGACUGCUAAGUGGACUUGAGUGGCUCUUGGAAGAAGCAGACUGUAAAAAUGCACAGUAAUUAAACUUGCUUCGUUUUACUGUAUAAAGACUUUAGCGUGUUGCAAUUCAAAUGAAGUGAGAAUCUUGUCCUGACACGGCAUUGUCAGAUAAAAGAUUUAAAAGACAUGCGUAUAUUUGACUGCAUAUACUUUAAUAAUUAACAUUCUUCCAACUGUUGACCUGAAGUAGAACUACAAGUAGGAUUACCUGGAUUCCAGCAGCUGGUGAAGAAGUGAUUUUUUUGGAAGCUGUUGGGUUUUGUCCUCAUUUAAGCUGAGGUGUUUACAAUGCAAUCUUUUCUCUGUACAUCUUAUAAUCUAAUCUGUUUUUGUAAAAAUAUACCUAGUACUAGGUUAAUUUAUCAGCACAGCACUAUGGCAGAUAUCACUUCACAUUUGCAACGUAUAUUCAGUGGAGAUCUUGACAUUGACAAUUCCCAACCAAAGAAAAAACACUGUACCCUGUAGUGUGCUUUCAGCUCAUCUUUUGUAGUAGGUUGAUAUAAAGGCAGUACUUCUUUAAAAAUAAUAAAUUCCCCUAUUUUUUUUUUUCCGGAGCAAUGCCUAGAGAAAAAAUAGUACUUGAAGGAGAAUUGUCAGCCCAGAGCAAAAUCCUUGGAAACAAACCCAGCAAAAUAUCCUAUAUGAAUCAUUUAUUUCUUGUUUGUCAUCUUUAUUAACCAACCACAAAAGACUUGAGCAUCUUCUGCUUUCUGCUUCAGUGGAGUUAUUAGUUUGAGCUGGACAUGCUUCUAUUAUCGCAAACGAAUGUUAGAUAGAAUCAUAGGAUUUUACAACAUCUAUCAAAUGCAUAGAUCCCAAGGAUCUGCUAGUUACUCAGAUAGCUGUGGCAUCUGCAGAUGUGAAGCGUGCUUGGCUUGAGAUUUUCUACACACAAGUAUUUUUAUAAAAAGGGAGACAACAUUUUAGAGCUGGCAUUAUGUUUUCCAUAUUGAUGCCUUUUGAGAUAGUUCUGCUUCUAGUCUUCCACCUUUUUAUUGUUUUUUCAGUUACUGGAUGAACGCUCAUAAACUUCCCUUGGCUUUUUUGUCUAAGCAUAUGUUUGUUUUCUUUUCCUGCGUCUCUCACUGUCUGUCUUCUGUCUUCUGCUUCAUUUCUAUGCAUGGAAGUGCUAUAGCUUCACAAACAAUUGUUUCUUGGUGUCUAAAUAAAUUGAAGCGUGCUGUA